GGAAUGAGCGUAGCGUGUGUUUUGAAGAGAAAAGCAGUACUCUGGCAGGACUCGUUCAGCCCCCACCUGAAGCAGCACGCUCAAGAUACAGCUAAUCCCACCAUGCCUGUUGUACUGACAUCUGGAACAGGGUCCCAGGCUCAGCCACAGCCAACUGCAAACCAGGCACUUGCAGCAGGGACACACUCCAGCCCUGUUCCUGGGUCCAUCGGGGUCGCAGGCCGCUCCCAGGACGACGCUAUGGUGGAUUACUUCUUCCAGAGGCAGCAUGGUGAGCAGCUUGGGGGAGGAGGAAGUGGUGGAGGCGGCUAUAAUAACAGCAAACAUCGUUGGCCUACUGGGGAUAACAUUCAUGCAGAGCAUCAGGUGCGUUCCAUGGAUGAGCUGAAUCAUGAUUUUCAAGCACUUGCUCUGGAAGGACGGGCUAUGGGAGAGCAGCUGUUGCCGGGUAAAAAGUUUUGGGAAUCUGAUGAUUCCAGCAAAGAUGGACCAAAAGGGAUAUUUCUGGGAGAUCAGUGGAGAGACAGUGCUUGGGGAACAUCAGAUCACUCUGUUUCCCAACCAAUUAUGGUUCAGAGAAGACCUGGUCAGGGCUUUCAUGUGAAUAGUGAAGUCAACUCAGUGCUUUCACCACGGUCAGAGAGUGGAGGACUUGGAGUUAGCAUGGUGGAGUAUGUGUUGAGCUCAUCUCCUGGAGACUCCUGCCUAAGGAAAGGAGGAUUUGGGCCAAGGGAUGCAGAGAAUGAUGAGAAUGAGAAAGGAGAUAAGAAAAAUAAGGGCACGUUUGAUGGUGAUAAAUUAGGAGAUCUGAAGGAGGAGGGGGACGUGAUGGACAAAACAAAUGGUUUGCCUGUGCAGAACGGAAUCGACGCCGAUGUCAAAGACUUCAGCCGCACGCCUGGUAACUGCCAGAACUCUGCCAGCGAAGUUGAUCUUCUGGGUCCAAACCAGAAUGGAUCCGAGGGCUUAGCCCAGCUGGCAAGUACCAACGGUGCCAAGCCCGUGGAGGAUUUCUCCAACAUUGAAUCCCAGAGUGUCCCACUGGAUCCCAUGGAGCAUGUUGGCAUGGAGCCCCUGCAGUUUGAUUACUCUGGCACUCAAGUACCUGUGGACUCGGCCGCAGCCACUGUGGGACUCUUCGAUUACAAUUCCCAACAGCAGCUGUUCCAAAGACCCAACGCCCUGGCAGUUCAGCAGCUCACGGCAGCGCAGCAGCAGCAGUACGCCCUGGCAGCUGCCCACCAGCCUCACAUAGGUUUAGCCCCUGCUGCCUUUGUCCCCAACCCCUACAUCAUCAGCGCCGCUCCGCCGGGAACGGAUCCGUAUGCGGCUGGACUCGCAGCAGCUGCCACAUUAGGUCCAGCAGUGGUUCCUCACCAGUACUAUGGAGUCACACCCUGGGGAGUUUAUCCUGCCAGCCUCUUCCAGCAGCAGGCUGCCGCCGCUGCUGCCGCAACCAACUCAGCAAAUCAGCAAACCACGCAGCAAACCCAGCAGGGCCAGCAGCAGGUUCUGCGUGGAGGAGCCAGCCAGCGUCCUUUGACCCCAAACCAGAACCAGCAGGGCCAGCAGACUGAUCCCCUGGUGGCUGCAGCAGCUGUCAAUUCUGCCCUUGCCUUUGGGCAGGGGCUGGCAGCAGGGAUGCCAGGUUACCCUGUGCUGGCUCCUGCUGCUUACUACGACCAAACCGGUGCUCUGGUGGUGAACGCAGGGGCCAGGAAUGGCCUGGGGGCCCCUGUCCGUCUGGUAGCCCCUGCUCCAGUCAUCAUCAGCUCCUCAGCAGCACAAGCAGCGGUCGCAGCAGCUGCAGCUUCAGCCAACGGUGCCGCAGGUGGCCUGGCAGGAACCACGAAUGGACCAUUUCGCCCCCUAGGAACUCAGCAGCCCCAGCCCCAGCCCCAGCAGCAGCCCACCAACAACCUGGCAUCCAGCUCCUUCUACGGCAACAACUCCCUCAGCAGUAAUUCCCAGAGCAGCUCGCUCUUCUCCCAGGGCUCUGCCCAGCCUGCCAACACCUCCCUAGGCUUCGGAAGCAGCAGCUCUUUGGGAGCCACGCUGGGCUCUGCGCUGGGAGGGUUUGGGACAGCAGUUGCGAACUCCAACACGGGCAGUGGCUCCCGCCGAGACUCCCUGACAGGGAGCAGUGACCUGUACAAGAGGACAUCCAGCAGUUUGACACCCAUAGGACACAGUUUUUAUAAUGGCCUUGGCUUUUCCUCUUCUCCUGGACCUGUGGGAAUGCCUCUGCCCAGCCAAGGACCUGGCCACUCGCAGACUCCACCACCUUCCUUAUCUUCACAUGGAUCAUCUUCAAGUCUGAACCUGGGGGGCCUGACGAACGGCAGCGGCCGCUACAUCUCGGCGGCGCCGGGGGCGGAGGCCAAGUACCGGAGCGCCAGCAGCGCCUCCAGCCUGUUCAGCCCCAGCAGCACCCUGUUCCCCUCCUCCCGCCUGCGCUACGGCAUGUCCGACGUCAUGCCCUCGGGCCGCAGCAGGCUGCUGGAGGACUUCCGCAACAACCGCUACCCCAACCUGCAGCUGAGGGAGAUCGCCGGCCACAUCAUGGAGUUCUCCCAAGAUCAGCACGGAUCCAGGUUCAUUCAGCUGAAACUGGAACGAGCCACCCCAGCAGAACGCCAGCUUGUCUUCAACGAGAUCCUCCAGGCAGCUUACCAGCUGAUGGUCGAUGUCUUUGGAAAUUAUGUCAUCCAGAAGUUCUUUGAAUUCGGCAGCCUGGAGCAGAAGCUGGCCUUGGCAGAACGUAUCCGUGGGCAUGUUCUGUCCCUGGCCCUGCAGAUGUAUGGCUGCAGAGUGAUCCAGAAGGCCCUGGAGUUUAUCCCCCCAGACCAGCAGGUAAUUAAUGAGAUGGUUCGGGAGCUGGACGGCCACGUCCUCAAGUGUGUGAAAGACCAGAACGGGAACCACGUGGUGCAGAAGUGCAUUGAGUGUGUGCAGCCUCAGUCCCUGCAGUUCAUCAUCGAUGCCUUUAAGGGACAGGUCUUCGCGUUGUCCACACAUCCCUACGGCUGCCGCGUCAUCCAGAGGAUCCUGGAGCACUGCCUGCCCGAGCAGACCCUGCCCAUCCUGGAGGAGCUCCACCAACACACCGAGCAGCUCGUGCAGGACCAGUAUGGGAACUACGUCAUCCAGCACGUCCUGGAGCAUGGGCGGCCUGAGGACAAGAGCAAGAUUGUAGCAGAGAUCAGAGGCAACGUGCUGGUCUUGAGUCAACAUAAAUUUGCUAGCAACGUGGUGGAGAAGUGUGUGACGCACGCGUCGCGCACGGAGCGCGCCAUGCUGAUCGACGAGGUGUGCACCAUGAACGACGGCCCCCACAGUGCCUUAUACACCAUGAUGAAGGACCAGUAUGCCAACUACGUGGUACAGAAGAUGAUUGAUGUGGCAGAGCCAGCCCAGAGGAAGAUUGUCAUGCACAAGAUCCGGCCUCACAUCGCGACCCUGCGUAAGUACACCUACGGCAAACACAUCCUGGCCAAGCUGGAGAAGUACUACAUGAAGAACGGAGUGGACCUGGGGCCCAUCUGUGGGCCACCCAACGGCAUCAUCUGAAGCAGCAACCCUGAGAGGAGCUUCACUGCCCCCUCAGCACCUACCAACCAGCAACCACCACGAUUCCAGAUCCCAGUCAGAGCAAGAUUCCCUGGUUGCUCAACUGCUAAAGAAGAGGAGGGGAAAAACAAAACAAAACAAAAACAACCACAACGAAACCAAA